AUGGUUGCAACUGAUGGGGCUGAUGAUCAGUCUUCUACUAUCAGUGUCAGCAAACCGCUUUUGAAGCUUAAAUUGCUUGAUUCGUUAAGACAAGGUGGAUUUGAUCAACUUAAGGAACUAAUCAAUGGAUCGCAUUUCCAACCUAAAGAUGAUCCAGAUGUGCUAGAUGUAUUAAGUUUGGUGAUUAACUAUGCUGUGCAGGUUGCUCCUAUGGCAUUGAUCAAGGAGAUUGUUGAGAAUUGGGUAAGAAAGUCUUUGCCUAGUGAAAAUGACGACGAUGAGGACAACAUUCGUGAAGGGGACGAUUUAAAAUUAGAUUUGAAUAAGCAGGACUUAAAUGGGAAUACACCAUUGCAUUUAGCUUGUUACCAAUCUCGUGGUGAUGUGGUGUCCUAUUUGAUGGAUCAAGUCACUAUUAAUGAUUGCUUGGCAAAUAAUCAGCGUUUACAACCGAUUGAAGUUUGUAAGAAUUUAAACAUUGCUCAAAUGAUGCAAUACAAGCGUUCUAACUAUGUAGCUGAGAUUGCCCAAGAGUUCAGAAUGGCAUUUAAUAAUAGAGACUUUGGACAUUUGGAAAAUAUUUUGAAUAAUCCAAGAAAUGCUGAAUUAUUGGACAUCAAUGGUACGGACCCUGAAACUGGGGAUACUGUUUUACAUGAAUUUGUGAAGAAGAGAGAUGUCAUAAUGUGUCGUUGGCUUCUGGAACAUGGCGCUGAUCCCUUCAAGAGAGAUUCAAACGGUGUUCUUCCGGUAGAAAUUUUAGGCAAUGUUAAUGAUACCGAUAAGGCUACAAACACCAAACUGGCAAUUGAUAUAGAAUUAAAGAAACUGUUAAAUCAAUCAGCUCAGGAACAAAGUGUUAUAGACGUCACCUCCAGUCUUCAUGAACCCCCUAUGUUUAAGGGUUAUUUAAAAAAAUGGACAAAUUUUGCCCAAGGGUAUAGACUACGUUGGUUUAUUUUAGGAGGAGACGGUAAAUUAUCGUAUUACAAAGAUCAAGCUGAUACAAAAAAUGCAUGCCGUGGGGCUCUUAAUAUGUCUUCCUGUUCGUUACAUUUGGAUUCUUCUGAAGAAUUGAAAUUUGAAAUUAUUGGGGGUGCCAAUAACGAGGUUCGCUGGCAUUUGAAAGGUAAUCAUCCUAUUGAAACAAAUAAAUGGGUUUGGGCUAUUCAAGGUGCGAUAAGGUUCGCUAAAGAUAAAGAAUUGUUGUUGAAAAAUGGAAAUUUUGUUCCACCAUCUUUGACUUCACCCGUAAAUCCAACUAAAUUAAAUCCGUAUGAUACCGUUAAUGAGCUACCACAAGUUACACAAGGACAUAAGCGUGUUCCUAGUAGUGCCUUUUCAACCGUGUCUGAACGAGAGGAUAUAUCUUUGAGUCGCGAAGUGCCAACUAGCCCUGUGACUUCAGCUGGGUCUACUUUUGGUAAAUUGUCAUCUCAAACACCAACUGAAAAUGGCGAAGCCGUUCCAACUGUGUUGGUAACUGCACCAGAAGGAACAGCAACUGAGCCAGACGCUUCACAUAAUAUAAGUGGUAUGCUAAAUAUGUCAAGCCAAGAAGACAAUUCCGAUUCUUCUGACGAUGAGAAUUAUGAUGGUGGCGAUAUUGACGUUAACGCUGACGAAGAUCUUAAAAUUCAGUAUGGUCCUUAUUCCGAAAAAUUAUACAUGUUAGAAAGGACCAUUACAAUGGAGCUAGCAUCCUUGACUGAACUUUUAAAGGAGAAGAAUUCAGGUACAGACACCUGGAAUACUGUCGAUAAUUCAUUGACCACAAUAGCGAAGUGCUUUAAAAACUUAAGUAAUUUAGCAUCACAGCGUGACCAAAAAUUAUUGAACAAACUAUCUAAACAACGUGAUGUAAAUAACGUUUGGAUUCAGUCAGUAAAGGAUUUGGAGCUAGAACUUAUUGAAAAGACAGAGAAAUUAGAGACUUUAGACAAAGAAAGGAAGCAUUUGAAGAAAGUAUUGCAAAAUAAUUUACAAUUCUCAACUGACGGCAAUAAAGAUGUUGUUGUGGAGGAUCAAGAUAAGGACUCAAAGGAAACAAACACAGCUUUACAAGAAGUUGCAAAUUACAUAAAUGCUACAGAAGAUAUCGAUGAGGGUUCCGAUGGUGACGAAUUCUUUGAUGCUGAAGAUGUCGGAGAAGAUACUGGUGUAUCAUCAGUUGAGGGCGAGAAUUUCGAGGGUGACUUAUCAUCAGGCACCACUGUUACUCAAAACUCAACUUCGAUUGUUGAUACCGAAGAAAUUGAAGAAAUUGAAGAGGUCUAUACAGAAUUGGGCGAAGUUUCAAGCAAGAAAUAUUCUUCGAUGAACCUUGUUACAAGUUUCCAAAAGGAGAAAGAGCAAAUGUUGUUGACAGAAGGAUCAUUUUUAGGUUAUGAAGACGGUAUUAGACAAAAAUUAGGAUUGAGUUCGGAUGAGAGGCCAGCUGUGAGUCUAUGGUCUGUGCUGAAGUCAAUGGUCGGUAAAGAUAUAACUAAGAUUGCAUUACCUGUUUCAUUUAAUGAACCUUCUUCGAUGUUACAAAGAGUUUCAGAAGAUAUCGAAUAUUCUGAAUUAAUUGAUCAAGCUGCAACUUUUGAGGAUUCAACAUUGAGAAUGUUAUACAUAUCGGUAUUCUCAUUCACACCAUACUCCUCCACAAUUAAGAGAGUAGCCAAGCCAUUCAAUCCUUUACUUGGUGAAACUUUUGAAUAUUGCAGACCUGAUAAGCAUUUUAGAUACUUUGCCGAACAAGUGGUUCACCAUCCUACUAUUUCCGCGUUCCAUGCUGAAUCUCCUAAAUGGGACUUCUGGGGUGCUUUAAACGUUGUAUCUAAUUUCAAUGGUAGAACUUUUGCAUUCAAACAAUUAGAUUACUGGCAUUUGAAAAUGAGACCAGAUUCUGGUGAAGAAGAAGAACUUUACACUUGGAAGAAGCCUGACAAUAACUUGGUUGGUAUUUUAGUUGGUAGUCCAGAAGUUGAUUGUAGUGGUGAUGUCACCAUUAAGAACCACACUACAGGUGACUAUUGUAUAGUCCACUUUAAACCUAGAGGCUGGAGAGCAUCUAGUGCCUACGAAGUCAGAGGUGAAGUUUACAACAAGGAUGAUGAAAAGAAAUGGGUGUUUGGUGGUCACUGGAAUGAUAAUUGUUUUGCCAAGAAAGUUACCUCUAAUAGCAGUGAUGAAUUUGCAACAUUAGAGAAGCCUAAGAAUACACCUAAUGCUAUUCCAUCUGAUUCUAGUUUCAAUGUUUACCCACCUAAAUUUGACGGAUCUAAGUUUAUGGUAUGGAGAGCCAAUAAAAGACCAGAAGGACCAUUCAACUUGACAUCAUAUGCAAUUACACUGAAUGCUCCACAACCUAAAUUAUUACCGUGGUUAGUUCCAACAGACACCAGAUUAAGACCUGAUCAAAGAGCUAUGGAAGAUGGUGCCUAUGACCUCGCAGCUGAUGAAAAACACAGACUAGAAGUGAAACAGAGAGCUGCAAGGAAGGAAAGAGACGAGGAAAAUAUUGAGUACAUUCCUAAAUGGUUCGUCCAAGAGAUGAAUCCAGUAACUCAAGAAAUGCACUGGAGAUUCAAAGGUGAUUACUGGACACAGAGAAAAAACAAAACCUUUACAGAUAUUCCCGACAUUUUUUAG